UCCUUCAGAGCAUCUUCUCUUUCUUUCCCUACAAUUUCCUCAGCUCCCAUUCUCUCUCUAAAAUUUCAUUAUUCAACUCCAAUUCAACCGAAUAAUGACUAGAAGCUUGACUUCAAGCCCUAAUUCCAGGAAAACCGUCAAAUUCCUUUAUAGUUACAACGGUCAAAUCCUUCCUCGCCCGUCCGACGGCGUCCUUCGUUACGUCGGCGGCCACACUCGUAUUCUCUCCGUCGAUCGCUCUAUCUCCUUUUCAGAAUUGCUGGUGAAAUUUGGAGAAUUAACUGGAACUUCGGUGAAUUUAAAGUGUAAGUUACCGAGUGAAGAUUUAGAUGUUUUGAUUUCGAUUAAAUCCGAUGAAGAGCUCAGGAAUGUCAUCGAUGAGUACGACCGCGCUUCGGAGUUCAGUCACCUGGAGUUGAAGAUUAGAGCUAUAUUAUCACCAGUUCAAUCAGUGAAAAAGCUCUCUUCACCUUCUUCGCCGACGCGGUUUCAGCCUUUGAGAAUGGCUGCUCCGGCGAUCUAUACUCCGUCUCCGCCGUCAACUCCGCUGUCGUUUAACUGUUCUCCCACUCAAUCGAGGCUUCAGCCGACGAAAAUGGCUCCGGGGAGUUGUCAUCAGUCUCCGCAGCGUGCGGGGGCGUACAGGUGUUGCUCGCCGCCGCCUCCGCCGCAGGCCGUUGGCUAUGCUGCUGGUAUAAGGAAAGACGGCCGGAGGAAUCAAUGCUGUCGCCAUGGAAGUCCUAGGCAGCAAUAUUUUAUUCCUUAUUCAAAUAUAUACUUACUGCCGAUAAAACCGUAGAAAAUAAAGUAAUACAGAAAAUAGAAAGGGGGGAAAAAAGAAAAGAAAAAGGAGAACAUUCAAAAAUCGAGUUUGAGAAAAAUACAAGAGUAUAUAGAUACAGCGACUUAUACAUACGUAUAUACAGGUGCAAAAUAGUUAGAAAUUGCCUUUUUUUUUUUUGGGCUUCUGGAUUCUGGAAUGGAAGUUUGACGAGAAUUGGAUUUUUUUAUUUCAA